AUGACCUUGUUAGUGGGCGGUUUUGAGUCCCACGUUUUAUUCGACUCUGGAGCAUCGAAUUGCUUCAUUACACCGGAGCGUGCCGAGAAGAGUGGCAUCCGGAGUAGCGCGGGCGAGAGCGCGGGCAUGGUCAAGGUGGCGGGAGGUGGAUUCUUGUCUACUUUGGGCCGUGCUAGAGGAGUCGAGAUCGAGAUUGCGGGGCAGUCAAUGCCAGCAGACUUAGUCAUCAGUCCGGUGGAGCUGUAUGACGUUAUUCUCGGGAUGGACUGGUUGUCACACUACAGAGUUCAUCUGGAUUGCUACAGAGGUAGAGUGGUCUUCGAGCGAGAUGCAGGGAGGUUGGUUUAUCAGGGAGUGAGACCGACUUCCGGGAGUAUUGUGAUAUCUGCUAUUCAGGCCGAGCAGUUGUUAGAGCGGGGCUGUGAGGCGUAUCUGGCGACGAUUUCUAUGUCUGAGUCAGGAGCUGGAGUUGUUAUGGGAGAUAUUGAGGUUGUCCAGGAUUUUGAGGAUGUCUUUCAGUCACUGAAGGGAUUACCACCAUCUCGGUCUGAUCCUUUCACGAUUGAGUUAGAGCCGGGGACAGCACCGAUAUCGAAGACGCCUUACAGGAUGGCGCCAGCUGAGUUGGCAGAGCUGAAGAAGCAGAUAGAGGACCUUUUGUCUAAGGGGUUCAUUCGACCGAGUGUUUCACCGUGGGGAGCACCGGUGUUGUUUGUGAAGAAGAAGGAUGGCAGUUUCAGACUUUGUAUCGAUUACAGAGGUCUUAACCGAGUCACUGUGAAGAACAGGUACCCACUCCCGAGGAUUGAUGAGUUUGGAUCAAUCCCGAUAGAUGAGGCAGAUGUCAGGAAGACUGCUUUCAGGACGCGUUAUGGGCAUUUUGAGUUUGUGGUUAUGCCUUUCGGUUUGACUAACGCGCCGGCAGCCUUCAUGAGAUUGAUGAACGACGUGUUCAGGGAGUAUUUGGAUGUGUUCGUCAUCAUUUUCAUUGAUGAUAUUCUGGUAUACUCGAGGAGUCAGGAGGAGCAUGCGACUCACUUGAGGUUGGUUCUGGAGAAAGCUUCGGGAGCAGAAGCUUUUUGCUAA